UUCAGCCAAUCACAGGCGAGCUAGAAUGUUUUCCCUCCUGAAACGUACGUGUCACUUGGCUUAUAAUUAAACAUAAACGCGUUUCUAUUAAUUUUGCUCCCAGAAUCAUGGCGGAACCCAGCAAGCAAGACAUAGGUGCCAUUUUCAAGCGGCUUCGCUCCGUUCCCACGAAUAAGGCUUGUUUUGACUGCUCAGCGAAAAAUCCCAGUUGGGCCAGCAUCACAUAUGGCGUGUUCCUUUGUAUAGACUGUUCGGGAACGCACAGGUCUCUAGGUGUGCACUUGUCCUUCAUCAGGUCCACAGAGCUGGAUUUUAACUGGUCAUGGUACCAACUGCGAUGCAUGCAAGUGGGAGGCAACGCCAACGCGGUGUCGUUCUUCAACCAGCACAGCUGCACGGCCAACGCCGCCAACGUCAAAUACAACAGCCGGGCCGCUCAGCUGUACAGAGAGAAGAUCAAGACGCAAGCCACGUACGCCACCAGAGCGCAUGGCACCGAGCUUUGGUUGGACAGUCAGGGUUCAGCGCUGACCACGUCGCCAGAAGAGAAGCACGAUGAUUUCUUCAGUCUCCACACGCAGGAAGUUCCGGAAAAUAUGGCCAAAAUGAGCCUCAGCUCUGUGACAUUUGACGCGGAAGGCAACGUGGAAGAAGGCAAUGCAGAGAACGGGCCCAGUGUGGACCAGCUGAGCGCUUCCCCGAAAGCCAAUCCAGAACCCUUGUCUCUUCUCAAGAAGAAGCCGGGCGGCGCCAAGAAAACGAUGGCCGCCAAGAAAGGCGGCCUGGGCGCUCAGAAGGUGAGCGGGAAGAGCUUCAACGAGCUGGAGAAGAAAGCGCAAGCUGCCGACAAGCUCCGGGAGAAGGUAGAGGACGUGGCCGGCGACAAGAAGAACAACACGAAAACGGCCGAGUCCAUUGCGCCAUCCAUGCGUCUGGCCUACCAAGACCUGGAGGAGCAGAGGAAAAAGGACGACCUGAAGCUGAAGAAUCUGGACGGGAAGAAGCGGGAGCAAGCGGAGAGACUGGGAAUGGGGCUCGGGGUCAGGAGUGGAGUGUCUCACUCGGUGACGUCCGACAUGCACAUCAUCCAGCAGGAGCGCCCCCUGGCGGCCAGGACAGGCAAACAGGCGCGUUUCACCGAAGACUAUGACUACGAUGACGACGAGGACAGCUUCGGGUCAGGGGUCCUGUCCCGUUACGAGCAAAGCAACUCGUCAGACUUUCUCUCCCGAUGGAGCAAGAAAGCCGAACCGGACUUCUUCUUGACGUCGGCCAUCACCUCGCUAGAUGAAAGGCCCGCCCCGCGCAGGAAAGUAGACCCGGCACCCGUCCCAGACACGGGAGAAGCUCGCAAGAAGUUCGGCCAGGACGUCAAAGCCAUCUCCUCAGAUAUGUACUUUGGGAAACAAGACAACACAGAGCAGUACGAAGCCAGAUCGCGCCUGGAGAGACUCGCCGGGAGUUCUGCUAUAAGUUCAGCUGACUUGUUUGACGAUCAGAAGAAGCAAGCCGCCAGCUCGUACCGCCUGACCAACGUGCUGCCGAGCGCUCCCGACAUGACGCAGCUGAAAAUGGGGGUGCGCAACGUCGCCGGAAAGCUCUCGGUCAUGGCCAGCGGCGUCGUCAACACCAUCCAGGACCACUACAGCUCUUGAAGAACAUAUGAGGGGAAGUAUAGACUCAAGUCCAAGGUGACGAUUUUUGUAUUUAGUGACAUGUUGGACAAAACAUUUACAUCAACAAUUGAAGCUUUCCAAAGACAUUUUUUUAGCUUUGAAAAAGGCCAAAGUUUGUGAAUCAUUUCCUCUUUCGGCAUGUAAAUACAGCCAGAGGCAAUGUUAUGAAGUUUAAAAAAAAAAAAGUGUCCUUUCUAAUGCUCAAAGUGCUCUUAAGUAUCUUGGGUGGCCUUGUCAAUUCAUCUCAAGCUCAUUCGAAUAGUUCUUUAGGAAGUAGCAACACAUCAGUCUGAAUAUUUGUUUUUUUGAAGGGUCGGAGCCUCUUUUUGAAACGUGCAGCUUAGCGUGUCUUAGCAUAAAUGCUAAUAUCAGAUGAUGGUAGAAAUGACAAAAAUAUUAUCAAGUGCACUUAGUGUGUGACUGGAACUUUUGCACUAUAAAGCAGGAUGUAUUUCUUUCUUCUUAUAAUUAGACACGUUAAAUAUUUUAAGGGAUUUGCCGAGCCCUUUUUGUCACUUGAAUACGUUGAAGGCAAAUUGUUAAUUUGGGCAUUGAUGUAGGCAGAUGGUGCCACUCUUGUUUUAGGUUAAAUAUUAGAGCUGGAUAUCUUAUUUUCUUGAAUCACUAGAUGUGUUCAAGCUGGGAGUCGGAGCUAUUAAAUGUUUGUUUCCGCCAUUCCACAAUGGUCUUUGUCCAAAGUUAGAAUUAUUAUGCUUUACUGUGGAGUGAUCUAGUUACAUUUUUGCCAAUUUCCUUUUUGCAUUUUGCCAAAAUUGGCAGCUUUUGCUUGAAUGUACUUUAAAGUUGUGUUAACUGAAGUAAAUGUAUCAAUAUUGAAAUAGUUGACAUGUACUGCUGUUUACCCAAGUUAUAUAUAUAUAUAUAAAGGACUUUGUACAAGCUACUGGCAAUCAUAUGCUUGACAAUGUUUUUGGGAGCAUUUAAAAUAAACAUGCUUGCAUUUA